UAAUAACCACUGUCCCUCCCCCUACUGCCGGGGCUGCCCCUACGCUUGCCCAGCUCACGUUCGCCAGUCAGUCACAGCAGCUCAGUCCUCCAAAGCUGCUGGACCCCAGGGCGAGCUGACCACCAACUGAGGCGGCUGCCUGCUUCCCACUCCUUCCAGGUCAAACCCAUCUCCACCAUGCCGCUCUCGGGAACCCCGGCCCCUAACAAGAGGAGGAAAUCCAGCAAACUGAUCAUGGAACUCACUGGAGGUGGACGGGAGAGCUCUGGCCUGAAUCUGGGCAAGAAGAUUAGUGUCCCAAGGGAUGUGAUGUUGGAGGAGCUAUCGCUGCUUACCAACCGAGGCUCCAAGAUGUUCAAGCUUCGUCAGAUGCGGGUGGAGAAAUUUAUCUAUGAGAAUCACCCUGAUGUCUUCUCUGACAGCUCAAUGGAUCACUUCCAGAAGUUCCUUCCCACAGUGGGAGGACAGCUGGAGACAGCGGGUCAGGGGUUCUCCUAUGGCAAGGGCAGCAGUGGAGGCCAGGCUGGGGGCAGUGGCUCUGCUGGACAGUAUGGCUCUGACCAUCACCAUCAUCAAGGGUCCGGCGUUGGAGUUGGGGGUGCAGGUGGUCCUGGGGGCCAGGCUGGUAGAGGAGCUGCUCCUGGCACAGCAGGGAUUGGAGAGCCAGGAACAGGUGACCAGGCAGGUGGAGAAGGAAAACAUGUCACUGUGUUCAAGACUUAUAUUUCCCCAUGGGAUCGGGCCAUGGGAGUUGACCCUCAGCAAAAAGUGGAACUUGGCAUUGACCUGUUGGCAUAUGGGGCCAAAGCUGAGCUCCCCAAAUACAAGUCCUUCAACAGGACAGCAAUGCCCUAUGGUGGAUAUGAGAAGGCCUCCAAACGCAUGACCUUCCAGAUGCCCAAGUUUGACCUGGGGCCUCUGCUGAGUGAACCCUUGGUCCUCUACAACCAGAACCUCUCCAACAGGCCUUCUUUCAAUAGAACCCCUAUUCCCUGGUUGAGCUCUGGGGAGCAUGUAGACUACAACGUGGAUAUUGGCAUCCCCUUGGAUGGGGAGACAGAGGAGCUGUGAAGUGUUUCUUCCUGUAAUUCACAUCAUUUCCCCUCUUUGGUUCCAAUGUGAGAGGGGGUGCUGGAGAGGAUUCCCCAACUGUUACUCCAGUAUCCUUGUGGCAAUGGAGGGUGAAGGGGGGUACUUCCUUUCCACCCUUCAAGUCCCCACCCCGAGGCACCCUCCUCACCAGCUCAGAGGGCCUAUCCUGUGUUCCAUAUGGAAUCUGCUCUUUUAUGGAAUUUUCUCUGCCACGGUAACAGUCAAUAAAUGUCAAGGAAAUG